AGUAACAUCUCAUCACGUCAAUUUGCCCUGCAAAGAUACAAUAGCGUACACGUUUCGCAUUAUUGUGCGCUGCUAACCACGUGCUCCACGUCGCGACGUCCGUCCAUUUGAUUAUCAUAGAUAAGAUAUCUCGUGCGAGGAGCGUAUUUUAAGAAAUCUCUUUCUUAAUUCUUUCUCUCCCGAAGAACGUUCUUCAACAUGAUCCGAACGUUCUCAUUCGCGAUUGUACUGUCUGGCUUUUUGCAUACGAUGGUUUACUCACGAGAGGAGUAUUUGUGGUGUUACGAUUGCAACACGGACUUAAGGCAUGGACAUAAAAGAGAUUGCAACGACCCUUACACACCCGGUGCUCUCGAUUUGGUCGCCUGCCCUCGGAAUGAGUCUCAUCAGUGCCACAAAAGUAUCAUAUUAUAUAGAAAUAUUUUGGUGACGGUACGAGCCUGCGUGUCAUCGCGUCAGAUCAGCGAAUACUGUAACUACGGAGACAGUUUCCCGCAUUCGAACAUCGACUGUUAUUUCUGCAAGGAAAACUCCUGUAAUAGCCACGAAUUAUUCAAUCCUGCGCCAGAAUGGUGUCUCGGACUUGUCGCAACCAUUUUGUCAUGGAUACUAACAUAGAGACACGUAGCUAAUUGAAAUUUUACGAAACUCAUUGACGUAUUAUUAAGUUUAAUUCUACGUACACGUGAUAACAAUGUGACAAGCUCCGAAAUGUUUAUGCCCGCUCGACGACAUCUUCACGCCCGACAAAGUCGGUUUUCAAAACGCAAUUGACGGAUAUAAAAGAAAAUUAUAAGAUACUUAUAUAAUUCUUUAAAAUAAAAAUGUCCUUGAAAAAAAUACUAAAUUGGAAAACCGUGUUUCAGCUGCAAUUACUUGUCGUCUCUCUCGCAAAUAAUUUGUAAAAGGUGACUUUAUCAAUUAUAUGAGACAUUUUACAAUUGAAUAAAUAAGAUUGGCUACCGGAAAAGAUUAAUAAAUCUACUGCACAGUGAUGAAUAAGAA